CCAAUUUUUAACAAAUAUUUUUUUAUCAUAUCUCACGUUUCGUUUUGUUAUUUCUUUGGCUUCAUAUUUUUUUUCGCUGUCAUCCCAAGUUAAACGUUUCGGCCAGCGACAUUUUUCGUCGGCUGGUGGUGAUUUUGGCCAAAAAAACGCCCUGAAAAAGCCGUAAAAAUGUUGGGUCGUGCAGCACCAGGGGUCUGCCAAGUGGUGGCUUUGGCCAACCAGCAGCAGAACAGGAACAUGGCUACCCUAAAAGCCAUUUCCAUCCGUCUGAAGUCUGUAAAGAACAUUCAGAAAAUCACCCAAUCCAUGAAGAUGGUGUCAGCUGCUAAGUACACUCGUGCUGAGCGUGACCUCAAGGCCGCUCGCCCCUACGGCGAGGGUGCCGUCCAGUUCUACGAAAGGGCUGAGGUCGCUCCACCGGAGGAUGACCCUAAGCAGCUGUACAUCGCCAUGACCUCCGACAGAGGUCUGUGCGGCGCCGUCCACACCGGUGUAUCGAAGGUGAUCCGCACGCGGCUGAGCGAGCCCGGCGCGGAGAACAUCAAGGUCAUCUGCGUGGGAGACAAGUCGCGCGGCAUCCUGCAGCGACUCUACGGCAAGCACAUCAUCAGUGUUUGUAACGAGAUCGGCCGCCUGCCCCCGACCUUCAACGACGCGUGCAAGAUCGCGAGCGCCAUCCUGGAGUCUGGCUACGAGUUCGCGUCCGGCAAGAUCAUCUACAACAAGUUCCGCUCUGUAGUGUCCUACCAGCAGUCCGACCUGCCACUCUUCAGCCAGAAGGCUGUUGAGAACGCCCCCAAGCUCGCGACCUACGACUCGUUGGACGCUGACGUGAUCCAAUCCUACAUGGAGUUCUCGCUCGCCUCGAUGCUGUUCUACGCCCUGAAGGAGGGAGCCUGCUCCGAGCAGUCCUCCCGCAUGACUGCCAUGGACAACGCGUCCAAGAACGCCGGAGAGAUGAUUGACAAACUGACGCUGACGUUCAACAGGACCCGCCAAGCCGUCAUCACCAGAGAACUCAUUGAGAUCAUCUCCGGUGCCGCUGCCCUCGACUAAACAUUCUAACACUCGUUUUGCUGAGAUAUUUCUAGUACUGCCUCCUAGUUACUGUAGAAUUUACUUCUUAAUAAAACGCGGGCGUUGUUGGGACGUUAGACACGUAUCUUUUAUUUGAUUGUUGUAAGGAAAAACUUAGAUAAAACGUGUUUAAGUUUAGGAAUCGCGAUAUUUCAAAUCGAAAAUAUUUGUUUGUAAGAAAAGAAAAAAUACGUGUCUAAUGUUUUUAAGUAAUCUUUCAGACGGGCUUUAGAAAUGGAAAGAAUUGAGAUCAAAAUAUAUUACAAGUGAAUUCUACAUAGCAAUAGUGUAUAUCAAGUUUCGGCGCAUUUAUCUAUCGUGAAUUUUCAAAUCAAAUUGUUUGAUCUCAACAAAACGAUGUGCAAAUGAAUCUGAUCAAUAUUUAUUAACCGUUUCAUGCAAAAUAGUUGUACAUACGAUGCCGACAUUCCCGAACGAGCGUCCUGUAUUGACGCGGAAACUCACGCAAAUAUAUCGCUUCACUGGCUUCAACACCUUCCACUGAUGUACAGGAUACUCAUCGAUUUACUUUUUUUUUUUAAUUCCGUGCUGUUCACGAAAUAUUGUUAUGUAAGGAUACAGUGGUGGCUAGCAAUUAAAUACCAUUUUAGAAGA